UAUAAACAAGCAACGCGUUUCCUUCACAAGACAAUGGUGUUCUUCUGUGUUGAACAUUUCCUUAAGUGAGUAUUUCAGUCUGAAUAUGUCAGGUAUGCUGCAGCAAGAGGACAAGGAUCAACUGCUGAAAUGGAUUGGGGGGCGGAGAAAAUUCGCACUAUUGUACAAGAUCAGCAGGGAUGGAUGUUCAGCGCCCAUCUUCCAUUCUAAAUGUGACAAUAAAGGCAUGACGGUAACUGUCCUUUACAACAAUAACGACACCGUGUACGGGGGGUUUACAGCACAGAAUUGGACUAAUGCCAAUAAUGGAUACGUCUUGGACCCGAAAGCGUUUCUAUUCCAGCUGAAGCAGAAUGGUAACUGGUCGCCAAAGCAGUUCCUCGUCAAACCAAAGAAGAAUGCCGAUGCAAUAUACUGUCAUUCAAAAUAUGGUCCAGUAUUUGGAAAUGGUUAUGAUUUAUAUACAUUUAAGGGGAGAGUAAUCGCAAGUAACGGGGUGUUUAAUUUAAACGGGGACUGUAGUCUCAGUUGUACAUACGAGAUGAAAGACACUGACUUUGAUUCUUUUGCUAACGGAAACUUAAGCGUGAAAGAGCUGGAGGUAUAUCAGGUGGAUGAAUGCGACAUGAACGAUCCCUUAGAUGUCCCAUGGCGGAAAACUCUGGAAUUUACUACUAAGAUAAUGCGGGAACUCAAGGAAGAACUUGUACUCUACACACCGCCAAAGCAGCUAAAAAUACGUCAGACGAAAAUCUUGCUGAUUGGUCAGAUCGGGGCCGGGAAGUCCAGUUUCUUCAACACGGUGAACUCCAUUUUCCGGGGUUAUGUGACCAGUCAGGCGUGUAGCGGAACUGCAGAGCACAGCCUCACAACACAGUUCCGGGCUUAUCAGGUGAGAAAUGGUCCCUCUGGUGAAACCUUGAACUUCCGCUUAUGUGACUCCCGUGGCCUGGAGGACGACCAGAGUAUUGAGUCACAGGAAAUGUGCUACAUAAUCGACGGUCACAUUCCAGAGAAAUACACAUUCAAUCCGUCUGUACCACUGAACCCAGACACCCCAGGGUUCCUCAAGGCUCCAAAACUGAAAGAUCAGAUCCACUGUGUGGCUUUUGUACUGGAUGCGUCCACUGUCGAUGUUUUGUCGGAGAAAAUGCUGAAGCAAAUGAGAAAACUUCAGGAUCCCAUGAAUCAAAGAGGUAUCCCCCAGGUCGUUUUGCUAACUAAAAUCGACAAAGUGUGCGAGCCCUUACAACAUGACGUGGGAUUGACGUAUUACGUUCCCGCAAUUCAAGAGCAUGUGGAUAGAGUGGCUGCGAUGAUUGGUCUGCCAAGAUCCCACGUGAUUCCCAUCAAGAACUACGAGAGUGAGCGAGAGCUCGACACCAAUGUGAACAUCCUGACUCUGUUGGCCAUGCAGCAGAUUCUCCAUUUUGCGGAUGAUUUUCUGUUUAACUAUUUAGAUGACCUGGAUACCGAAAUGUUAGGCAAACUGAGUAUUGUCGAUUAACAACUACGUGUAUAUAGUUAAAUUAAACCAUUAGCACGUAG